AUGCCCUUUUUCUCUGAAACCUAUCAUGCAAUAUUAGCUCGUUCUCAAGCUCAUUUUGAAAAGAAGAGGCAAUCUAGAAGAACAAAAAUUGUACCAGUAGCAACAAGUAUACGUUGUUAUCCAGGACGUUAUGGUCCUGGAGUAGAAUUAAUUGAAUCAAUUCACGACUUGAUGGAAGAUUGUAAUUUAAAAGCAACAUUUAUCAUGACCUGUAUUGGUAACAUUAAAUCAUAUAUCAUAAAAAUAUUCAAUACACUGGAACAUAAAUCGGUUAAUUCAAUCUGUGAUAUUGUUUCAUUAGUCGGUACGUUUGAUUCUGAAGGUGGUCAUCAUGUUUAUGGAAGUUUUGCUGAUGCGAAAGGCAAUAUCAUUAGUGGGCAAAUUGAAUCGUUAAUUGUUCAUCAGACUGUAGAAAUUCUCUUAGCUGAAUGUAAUGAUGCUAUAUUCACAAGAGAACGUGAUGCAAGAACUGGGGAAAACGAACUAGUCAUAAAACGAAAAGCAUUUACAGAACAAGACUAA